GCCUACGAUUAGCUGUUAUAUUGUCCACGAUAGCUGUUUCUAUUUCCAGAUCAUGCUCGAGAUGUUAUCAAUGGCUAUGUCGCAGAACUAAAGAAGACAUAUCACUUAUGCACGUUCUGAACUGUACACCUGACCGAACGUGACCACGGUCAUUUCAGCAUGUGAGCGAUGACUUGUAGACCGGCCGCAUUUGGUCAGCAAGGCUUCCAUGGGUAGGGUAGGGUCAUUGUUUUAACAGCCCACUGGCAGCAGAUUCGGUAUUUUGAAAAUAUCCUGCACACGGUUUCAGGGGAACUCAUACCAGCUGCCCCGUAACAUGCUUAGGGUAGACGAUCGUGCGCAUGUCAUUGACAUAAUUUCGAGUCAAUGCAGUUUGUAAGAAAGUUAGUUGCAAUUGUUUUCUGUCAAGGACUGACCUUGAUAUAAUUGUCUGCGCGCUACACUUUGUGUCAGCGAAUAAGAUCCCCCACCUCCACUCCACGAGACGCGUCGCAUUUGCCAAUAGAUUCCUUAGUUGAAGUCCAAAAAUAGACUCCACUACUUGUGCUCUCGGAGCUAUCGGCAUCCCAGCAUUCGAGGCAUUUUUGCGACGUAAGAAAUGACGUAAUGAAGCCGGUUCAUCUUCAUUUAACUAUAAAGAACUCCUACUACUUCCAAUAGUAUGUGUAACAUUUGUAUUAAUAGGCUACUGGUACAAGUAAAUUAAAAUGUCUGGAUUUAUUGCGACUUCAAUGGACAUUGGAAUUGAAUUCUAAUGGCUUGACAUCUUUUAGCUGUGUUCGUGGUAGACUAUGCCUGUUAUUUGUCGACUUCUGUCCGUUAUUUUGAUUCAGUGGUCCCUACAUUUAGGCUAACUUAGGUACAGUUUAGCCGUAGUGUCAGUGUGUCUGCAUCAUAGAGGCACACAGCAAUGUGUCAUAUGGCACCCUCUGUCUGAAUAAGACCUUGCUGCAGUGUUGCUGAACACGUGAUUUUGUUAACUCUGCACAUUUGUUUAUUUUAGUAUUUUAUCAUCUGUAGAAUAGCAAUACGCUUUAGAUAACUGUCAGUACAUGGAGUGGCCAUUCGGGGGAUAGAGAACAUGGACAAUUGCGCUGUGCUAGGACUGACUGGGAUUCCCUGCUCUUAAGAAGUUGUAAUCCAGUUUCGCAGUAAACCUUUCACCAGUCAAGGCUCACUGGGCAAGGUCACCUUCUAAAGUCUGGGUUUGCAGUCUUUAGAAACACAGCGAACAGGAAUAAUGUUACCUUUCAAGACAAGGUUUAAUCAUUAUUCUAACAAUAUUCUUAAUUGUGCCACAGCUACCGUACCCUUUUCUUUUCUAUGGGACAUAAAGUGUGUAACUUUGAAAUUGCCAUGUUAAAUUUUCAGUUUGGUUUGUAAAGGGAUUAAGAUCAGUCUUAGAUUAUAAACACUCUUAGCCUUAAAGUGCCUUUAUGGGGUGAAACGCGGAGUGCUGUUUUGCUGCUCAAAACGAGGCUUAGGAGGACUCAGGAAGGAUUCAAUACACUCUCACUCUCUGCUCUACCGUUAUAAAAAGUCCUCAACACCGAAGACAUCAUUAAAAAACUAUAGUAACUUGAUUCUAUUUUAUUAAUACUAUAUUCUGGGUAAACCUUACCCAGACACCUUUAGCUCUUGAGUAAGCUAAUUUAUGUUAUGUAUGAAGAAACUGGAUUUGCUAUAUUUCUGUAAAGGGCUCGUGCCAUGGGUGACAUGAAGAUAAAUAUACCAUGUCUGUAGGUAUGAGACAUAUCUGAGUCCUUGAUUAAGUUUAUGCUGUUAAAGCUGUAUCAAAAGUUUUUCUGGUUAAGUUAUCCAACAAAACCCCCAUAGUAUCCCGGUAAAACAUGUCAAGUCAAGUAGGCCUGUUAACUUAAAACGUGCCGCCCUAACCUGUGUAGGAGUAGACCUAUUACAGCUCCAUUAAUUGCAUCUUACAUACCAGAUUGCCAUUACAAAGUUCAUUCUUUUGAAUGACUGCUCUGUGCCAAUAAAGAUAAAAAAUAUUAAUAAGUUAUUAUUAAUUAUUAUUAUUACAUUUGAAGUGAACAAUAUUUAGGAACAUAUAGUACGCUUACUAAUGCAUAUAAUCUACUGUGUAGUGCUUUAAAUGUAGCCCAAUAAAGUGAAAAGAUAGGUGUCUGACAUUAAUGACAUGUGUUUUUAGUCCAUUUCUAAACAAUGGCAAUCAGGAUUCUCUGGUUUUCUCUUCUUAUCUUGGCAUAUAGUAGCCUAUCCAGUGCCUUUCAUCUUUUUCUAUUUGUCUUUGUCUUGCCUGGUUCCUUGAAAAGUUGGUAAAUUAUCACCCAGUUUAAAGAGUUGUUUUCACUUGUGUGUGCCUGCAGCGUGAUACAGAAAGAGAUUGUAGUCACUGAAUUUGUCCUUCAAGCCCUCCAGUGACUUUGACCUUCGGAGUGUGUCACAGAGAGGGGGGAGGGUGUGUGUGUGAGAUAGAGGGAGUACGAGUGGGUGAAAAAGAGAUAGCGAGGUGGGUGGUAUUUUGGUAUUAUAGUUGUCUAUGGUAUAAAGCCAUGCUACCGCAAGAAUUUAGCAGUUCCGUCAAAUACCGGGAUAUUUUGUAAAAUCAUGAAUCAAAUGUCCCAGAAUUUCGGCUGUCAGAGAAUUCCACAUCAGUUACCGGUACCCUGCUUAAAUCUUUUACCUACAAUUACCAAAUGAGAUACCUAUGUUACCAGAAAACUGUUAAGUCGUUAUAAUCAUCUGAUUAAUUAAGAACAAGGCCUGGGUUUGAAAUGGAACUGAGGUAGCAUAUUUUUUGGCCACUGGUGGAAAUUUUGAUGCUGUUCUGGGUUUGCCAUUGGAUUUUGUCAAGCUUUCCACUGUUUACAAACACUGGACUCCUGUUGACCAGAUCGAACUGACCAAGCCAUACAGUAACUGAGAGAAAGGGGGUACUCAGCACAAGAAACACAGAAAAACUGCCCUACAGAUCAGGAAUAAUGUCUUCCAGGGACCGCCGUUCUGAUCUGUACAUUAAGGCAGAGCCCAGUAGCCCAGAGGGAGCCGGAGGGGGCCGCGCCAGUCCAGGGGGUGCCUCUUCGGACUCGUCCCAGAGCGGUGGAGGAGGGACCCGGGGAGAUGGUCCCGGGCGUUACUCCCCACCCCUCUACACACCCGCCCUGCGCUGCCAUUUCAAAGAGGAGGCAGGAGACGGCGCAGAAGAAGGCUCCACAGGAAGUGGAGGUGGCCGGUGCAAGUACGCCCUGAGCACCCUGCCCAAGAGGCUCUGCCUUGUGUGUGGAGAUGUGGCGUCAGGAUAUCAUUAUGGGGUGGCCUCAUGCGAGGCCUGCAAGGCCUUUUUCAAGAGAACAAUACAAGGUAACAUUGAGUACAGCUGUCCGGCAUCCAAUGAGUGUGAGAUCACAAAGCGACGCAGGAAGGCCUGCCAGGCUUGCCGUUUCACCAAGUGCCUCAAAGUGGGCAUGCUCAAAGAGGGAGUGCGCCUUGACCGAGUGAGAGGAGGCCGACAAAAGUAUAAACGACGUCCAGAGCAGGAGAAUGCCACGUACCAGAGUGCCCCAAUACCACUGAGGAAAGAGGGGGAGAAAGGCUCCUCCAACAUCAUUGUGUCCCAUCUGCUUGUGGCCGAGCCAGAGAAGCUCUUCGCCAUGCCCGACCCACUGCAGGCCGACACGGCCCAGCGAACCCUCACCACCCUCUGUGACCUAGCCGACAGAGAGCUGGUGGUCAUUAUUGGCUGGGCCAAACACAUCCCAGGCUUCCUGUCCCUCUCCCUGGCGGACCAGAUGUCCGUGCUGCAGUCGGUGUGGCUGGAGGUGCUGGUGCUGGGCGUGGCGUACCGCUCCCUGGGCUGCGAAGACGAGGUGGUGUUUGCCGAGGACUUUGUCCUGGACGAGGAGAUGUCCCGAGUGGCGGGCCUGACCGAACUCAACGCGGCCAUCAGCCAGCUAGCGCGCCGCUUCCGCUCCUUGCAGCUCGACCGAGAGGAGUUCGUCAUGCUCAAGGCCAUAGCCCUCACCAACUCAGACUCGGUGUACAUUGAGGACAUGGAGGCGGUGCAGAAGCUGCGGGACCUGCUGCAUCAGGCCCUGCUGGAGAUGGAGUGCCAGCGGCGUCCCGAGGACCCCCAGCGAGCGGGACGGCUGCUCCUCACCCUGCCCCUCCUGCGGCAGACGGCGGGCCGAGCCCUCACCACCUUCUACGGGAUCAAGACCCGCGGGGGCGUGCCCAUGCACAAACUUUUCCUGGAGAUGCUGGAGGCCAUGAUGGACUCACCCUAGAGGAAACACUCCAAGUCUGGAUGGACGGAUGGAUGGAGGGAUGAACGGAGGGAUGGAUGGACGGAGGGUGGGAAGGAGAACUUGGGAGAAGUGAUCGUACCUUGGUGAAAGGCUGACCAGUGGAUCCAUUUUUAGUGUAGAUGGCUGGAUGGAUGGAUGGAUGGCUGGAUGGAUGGAUGGAUAGAUGGAUUGCGAUAAAUGAAAUAACAUUUAAGUAAAGGAGGAGAAGAUGUGUGUUACAUGCACACUAUAGCUGUCAAACUCUUACCUAUGUGUUGUCCUGUGGAAGGAGAGACAAACUGCAGCAAAUAUUAGACGAGUGCUUAAAGCCAUACUCCAGAAUCUUUUAACCUAAUCUCCGUCCACCUGCUGUAUCUCACAGACGCCAGAGUCGCAGAUUUGAUGUGGGACCUAGACGGAGAAACAUCACAUAACCAAUUCAUUUUUGUGGAAAUCAACAGAAUGAUACAAUGGCUGGUAGAGAUUAGUUUGGUAUGAAUGGAAUGUCGCUUUGAAUUCCUUCAAUUUACAUUUUACUCAGAUUAUUCAGAUGUUCACGAUGUUCACUGGGCACUUUUUAAAUAUUCUGACAUUGAAAUGAAAACUCAAUCCUGCAGUUAGGAAAGAAGCAAUAUAAAGUUAAGGUGUACAAUAUGUUCCCUUCUUGGAAUUCUAAACAGGCUUUACUUAAUUGACCUUUACCUCUCCUGUGAAUGGAUUGCAUCAGAUAUGGUGUGACAUCAUCAGAGGGAGCUGUGUAUAAUCUCAUAGGAGUUACCAUUUAUUCCUGUGUACUAAAAGAUACACACUAGCAGUAUUUAUAUUAGACUUCAUUUCAACUGCAAUUCCACUUAAAACGUAAAAAAUAUGCUCAAAGAUUAGUGUAAAAAUAUAUGUAACUUCUAGUUAUUUCCUACAAAUUAGCUGUUAUUGUACAUUCAAGCCAUAUAAGCAUAAAUGUUGCAAACUAAAACGUCAGUUUGUUUUGUUUUGUUUUGUUUGUGUAACUUGUGUGAGCAUACCUUUGUUUGUGGUCACUGCACUGCUUUUGACUAGAACAAAGAAGCAUAGGCUCAUACAAACAUGUCACAAACACACAUUCAAUUAGUGUUGUCACAAUACCAACAUUUUUGUUUUUCGAUACGAUACCAAGUCAUGCAUUUUGAUACUUUCGAUACUUUUUUCGGUACCAUACCUAGAAAACAUUUUGUAGGCUAAUGUUGAAAAAAAAAAAAAAAAAAAAGAAUUCCAGUGCUGUCUUUAUACAGUAUUUGAAACAUUAAAUGGGCAGUGGCCAAAUCUCUGUAUAAAAUCCCGUUUGUGACUUCGCUAUCUAGAGAUUUCUGUUGUGGGUACAAGGGAUGUUGUGAUCACUUGUUUGCUAGCUUGGGGCAUAUGCUUGAUUGAAAAGUCUCUUUGUAGCUAGGUGACACCAUUGCCCUUGUCGAAAUCUUGUGUUAUGCAUUCCCACUAGAGCCAUGGCUGAAGAUUAUUGUUAAUGUUACUAGGGUUACUAGGUCGCCAGGCGAUAUAGAUUAACGGUUUGACUUCGACCGUUUUGCUCCUAUUCCCACGCGACGCCAUUACAGCAAGCUAGCGCUAAAUAAAGGGCUUACCGUGUGGCAAUGAGGUUACGUUAAUGGACUAGCACUGCGCAUGUAUGAAGGCUAUGUAUGAAGGUGUGUAUUACUACUGCGGAGAGGCUUUUCCAUUGUUCAUAGACAUAACAGGGGAGUGAACUAUCACCUGCUGGUCUUCCACUCCCAUGAAAAGGGCAGGAUGUUUGUCCAACAGAUGUUUGGCCAGGUUUGAUGUGUUGCCUCCCUUUGCGAGACACACUAUAAAACAGCGCUUGCUAUAGCCGAACUAUGUCCAUAGCCACUUCAGGCCCCUUUGUCAGUGAGUGUUGCUGAAGAUGCUGCCCCUUCUUUGUUGAUGAGUUCAGGUGUUGCUGAAGCUGCUGCCAUGUCGUCUCUGAACAAAACGAAAAAGUGGUCCGCUGUCCCCACCGUCGCUCUCGACUCACUUCACACUUGCUGCGGCUCAUAUUACAAACUCAGUCAGGGCUGUUUCCUGUAACGUCACACACGCCACUAGUGCAGCUUCACUGCUGUCAGCGUUGUCCUUAAAGGGACAUAUUCCUUUUAGCCCGCUCAAAUAGCCAUUCACAUAAUAAAAGUAUCAAUAUUAAUUUAUUUUAUCAAAAUGCUGGUAUCGUACCGUUUUGAAAACGUUAGUACCACGGUGCUUUUUCAGUAUCAGUAUACAGUACAACACUACAUUCAAUUAAUAGCUUACAAACCUACAUGCAGUGUGCUUUCUGUAGCUUUUAUAAACACAUUUUUGCUCUCUCUAAAAUGUUUUGUAGUGUAGAAGUAUGCAAGAUGUUUAAAAGAAAUAGCACCUUGCUUGCGAUAUGCACAGUCGGGCGUAAACAGGAUUUUUGGAAACCAUUUUGUGUGUCUGGCAGGCAGGAAUCUAGGGACAGCACACACACAGCAUGGUUUACAUGUAGGUAGUGUGGAACAGAAUAGUAUGGCAAAUGUUAAACCAGAUGCAAUAUUUUUAAAGCAAUAUAACUACAAAUAUACUUGUAGAGAGUAAUAAUAGUCACAGAGUUCAAAGUUGUGGUCAGUUUCCGUUCAUUAAGCUGAGAGGUUAUUAAGAGGCAAGGUUGGUGAAGAGAAUGUCACCUUAGUGUUUCCCGUCCUCUCAGACACAAACCAGAUUGACACUUGAACUCACCCAUCCUAGUUGGCUGUGGUGAGUGAGUAAUCAGUUUCCUUAUUUGGGAUCGCAGGAUGAUGACAAGCUCCUCUGUGCGACAUUCAGCAAUGUAAUAUGCACCGUCCAGAGAUGAGUGUUCUCUGACAGAAAAAUGCAACAUAAAUGAUUUGUUUGGGUAGACUCUGAGAUGUGUUGGUUGCACACAGCAAAUGUUUGAGUCCAAAAAGGGAAUACCAUGAUUGUUAACUCAGAUAUCUGUCUGUAUAUAUUAGCAUAAAAUAGUCAUAAUUGUUUUAUUUAUACUGAGAGUUGAUAGAGUAGAGUAGAGGUUUAUGUAUGUAUGUAUGUAUGUGUGUGUGUCUCUCUAUGUGUGUCUGUGUCUCUCUAUGUGUGUCUGUGUGUGUGUUUGGAGAGAGCAAGUCAGUACACUGUAUAGGACACAGCGAUUCCACUGUGUUGCAUAACCGAUGAUGGUGCAUCAAGAUCAGGGAAAAAGCAGUCCCAGGCCCUAUAGGCAAGGUGGCAACAGCCCCAGGAGUUAUUACAUUGUGCAUUUGUUGGAUCCUUUCAAAACUUUUCAGAAGAGCCUGUUUAAUCCAAGAGGAAAUCAGAAUGGAUAAUCAGCUUUGGACUUCCGAAAUACGCGAUGAUGUUUUGUUAUUCUGGAUUAUACACCAACUAAAAAUGAACUAAAGUGACACGUACUGAUCGAACCACCCUGUGGAAACAGGCUUGUGCUGGACUUUGCCAUAGACAGACAUUUGACCUCUUGAGCUCCUCAAAAGCUGUGUGGAACCUUUUACCUGCUAGCCGUUCUGGCCCAGAGCAACAUUUAAUGCAACAUG